AUGCCCUACGACCGCAUUGUCAGCGGGAUCGUGGAGACGAGAGGCAUCCUGCUCAAUGCGCUUGAGGAAUGGAGAGAUAGGGAUACGACACAGUUGUCCGUCUCUAGCUGGCAUACGCGAUGGCUCGAAACCUUGGAACACGUUCGCGGUGUACGGUGCGCGCCCGAUGCGUCGCCUUCGAGCGCCUACUUGCCGUUGUUGGCCUUUUACAUGGACCACGGGAUCCUUGUGCUUAACGCUCAGGCGAGGCGUGAAUUAGCAACAUUAAAUGCCGGUACGACAUCACCGCAAUCUCUGGCCGUCUAUUCUAGGGCGGCUAAAGUAGCAACCCGAACACUCGAUAUUGUGUUAACGGACCCGAUCUUGACCAACUUGCGAUUGGGAUUUCACAACAACCAAUUCAUUAUGAUCUGCCACGCUGUUGCAGAGAUUGUAGAUAUAAGCGAAUGUCACACGGAACCACCCUGCCAUGUCUCCUAUCCUUUUCCCCAUCUUCCUUCACAACGCAGCAUGCAUCAAAGAAACGACGAGGUCCACGUGCAAUUAGCCCUCCAGGCAAUGCAAAAUGACACAAAGCUAAGCGCUCGAGCCGCUGGUAAGAUCUACAAUGUGGAUCACGAGAAGCUAAGCCGCCGGCGACGCGAUAUGGCUAACCGACUGCUUGCCGAACGCGACGCGGGACGCGUCGGGACGCGUUGGGCGUCCAACUUCGUCAAGCGGCAACCAGACCUCACCAUGCGUUUCAAUCGGAAAUACGACUACCAGAGAGCUCUAUGCGAGGAUCCACAUCUUAUUCGUGGCUGGUUCGCGCUUGUGCAAAACACAAUCGCGAAGUACGGUAUCCAGGUGGCUGACAUCUACAACUUUGACGAGAUUGGGUUUCUGAUGGGCGUCAUCUCGACUAUACUGGUUGUCACGGGCUCUGAACGGCGUGGCAGACGGAAGACAAGGCAGCCAGGAAACCGCAAAUGGUCAACUGUGAUCCAGGGUAUCAAUGCCCUAGGCUGGGCAAUCCCACCAUUCAUCAUCGUCGAGGGCAGCUACCACCUCUCUUCUUGGUACGAGAACAGCCCAUUGCCUAAGGACUGGAUGAUUUCUACGUCCGCAAAUGGUUGGACUACCAAUGAGCUUGGUCUGGAUUGGAUUAAGCACUUCGACAAGCACACCAAAGCUCGAACAACUGGGGUUCAUCGCCUCCUCAUCCUCGACGGCCAUGGCAGCCACCACUCGCCUGACUUCGAGCUUUACUGCAAGGAGAACAACAUCAUCACCCUCUGCAUGCCUCCCCAUUCAUCCCACAAGCUCCAGCCAGCCGAUGUUGGGUGUUUCAGCCCGCUGAAGGCGGCAUACGGCAAGCAGAUCGAGGAGAUGAUGCGGGCAAGCAUAACCCACAUUACUAAGGAGGACUUCUUUCCUGCAUUCCUCGCAGCUCACCAGGCAACGAUGACGUACGACAACAUUCGGGGAGGUUUUCGAGGUGCUGGGCUUGUUCCUUUUUAUCCCGAGGAGGUGAUCUCCCAGCUCGACAUCCGUCUUAAGACGCCAACACCCCCGAACUCACGGCCAGGCAGUGCCUACGCGUGGGUUUCCAAGACGCCGAACAACCCAAUCGAAGCCUCUUCGCAGACCACCCUUAUCAAGACCCGGAUUGCCCAGCAUCAAAAUAGCUCUCCAACGUCGCUUUUAGCUGCAGUUGAUCAGUUUGCAAAGGGCACGUCAAAGAUAAUGCAUAAGAUGGCGUUGAUGCAAGCGGAGAUACGGGACUUACGAGCGGCGAAUGAGGCACUAAGCAAGCGCCGGAGGGCAAAAAAAAAGCGACUACGGCAAGGAGGAUCGCUUACUGUGCAGGAUGGACAGGAUUUGCAAGCCCAGAAAGAUGUUGAGAUGCAGAUAAGGGAGGAAACACAGGCGGGGAGUGGUCGGAAGCCGAGGACUGAGACACGCGCGCGGCGUUGUGGCAGAUGUGGCGAGCCUGGCCAUAAUGCCCGCACCUGUCAAGGAGUUACAGAACUGCCUGAGGAAGACGAUUCCGAGUAG